UUUCUUUCUUUCUUUCUUUAAAUAAUGGCCAACGGACGAAAUCGAAUAUACUUUGUACUCGCGUUCAUCGUAUCCUCCAUACCAUCUGCAUUUGGAUUCUAUGCAUUAAAUGCCCAUUUCACAUUUCUAGCCACUGUCUUGUUUGCGUUGUCAUUCAUCAGUUUAGGUCUAUCUGCCUUUUUAUUCCUCGGAUACAAGACAUUUAAACAUGGUAAACCCUUUUUGAUGUCACUACUCGUCCAUACCAAUCAAUGCCUGCGGCCCUUGACGCGGUACCUAUCACGAUCAAUCAUCUUUCGACCGCUCUUUUCAGCAGCUAUUCGAAUUGGCUUUUUUGCCUUCUUUGUGGUGCUCCUGAUGAGCGAUCAUUUGAUCCGAGUACUGCUGAGAUUAUUUGUAGGAAAGCAUGCGACCAAUCGGUAUUAUUCCAUCACGAGUGCAAUGGACCCACAGCUUGAUUUAUUUGAUGAUUCUAUUCCGAGAACAAGGUAUUUAGAGGACGGUGACCUGUUUAGACAAAGAAAGCAACUACGCAUGACAGAACAACAAGGGCAUGAAUCACGUGCGCUGACGACACUCUUGAAAAGACCCAAGUACUCGUUGUCAUUAGCCUAUACACUAGCGGUUGCUAGUAAGCUUGUGUAUGAAGAUGUUGAAGUCAUUAAGCAUGAAUUGAGAAAAGCAGGGUUUGAUGUUGACCGCACCUUUCGUCCAAUUGCAUAUAAAAACAUUUGUGCUUUUAUAACCGAGAAAGAUGAUGAUAUCCUACUUGUGUUUAGAGGAACCAAUCCACUUAAUAUGCAAAACUAUCUUACAAAUAUUACCUUUACAAUGACCAAAGUAGAAUCAGCCUGGGGGCCUAUGGGAAAGGUCCAUCAAGGGUUCUGGAAAGCCAUGGGCGAGCCUCGAAAAAAAAUGGAGAGAAAAGGGACAGAUAGACGACCUAUUUUACGUAUUGUGUUGAAUAAUACAUCCAUCUUUAAAACUAUUCUUUCUGCUUUGAAAGGAGCAGCCAAGAUCCUUCAUUUCUUGUCAAUCAAUCUAUUUAAUCACGUCAAUGAACCGAUUGAUAGCACCUGGAUUGGGCCUGAUAAAGAUAUUAGAACACAUAGCAUGUAUGCACAAGCAGAGGAGUAUAUCUUGAAGCUUAUUCAACAAUCCAUGUCAAGUGAUCCCAGGCCUGCAUCUAGAGGAUCCGGUCUGUCAUCACAUGGACGCACAUCAGCCUUUAAAAAGAAGAAGCGAUUGUUUAUUACAGGACAUUCACUUGGUGGAGCAAUGGGGACAAUCUUUCUUGGAAAAAUGCUCCAAUCCAACAGUCCUCUGCUUGAACAUUUUGCAGGAUUAUAUACAUAUGGACAACCCAAGAUAGGCGAUGCUGAAUUUUCUAGAGUAUUUAGUCCCAAGAUGACCAGUAAAAUAUUCCAUCAUGCUUACAAUAAUGACAUUAUACCACGAAUACCUACCUUUUUUGAUUAUUAUACUCCACCUGGUACGCUUGUCUUUAUAGAUUCAGCUUACAACAUCACACUCUAUCCUCCUAACCCAUACACAAAUGAACCAGUACCCGUUCGGCCGAUUUCGUUCUUGCAUCUCUCAGGGUUGCUAAAUCGACAUGUGAUAAAAAGAAUUGUAAGAGAAAACCAGAUUAGGAUUCUCUUUCGUAUUCUGUUUCCUUUCUUUUUAAAUGACCACUUUCCUUCGGAUUAUUGUGAUAGUUUAAGAAGAGGUAAACUUCAUUGGAUUAUCAUGGGCGCAGGUGGAUUAGAAGGUGGACAUGAAGAUCAAGACAUGUAUACAAAGAAACGAGGAUCAUUUGACAGAAGAUAUAGUAUAGUAGAUGUUCAUAAUGGUUAAUUUAUUCUAUAUAUAUAUAUAUAAAACGCUUCUUUUUUUCUUAAUGUUUUGUCUGUCUUGCCUCAAGUAGCUGUAACAUACAAGCUUCGAUACCAAAUUGCUUGUGAUGAAAGAAGUAAGGUAUAAUGGGCAUAUAAGCUUGAUUGCUUGUACAGAGUGUAUGGUGAUGACCAUAGCUUGGUGAAGGUAAUAAUAAGCUUGAAAUAGGAGGUAACCAAACAGGAGAAGUGUCUUCUAAUCUAAUUUCAUAUUGACCACUUCUUCUACUUGUCAUUCUAUUGGAAUA